GGCGCCACGGCGCACUCCCCUUUUAGCUUUCUCCUCCUCGACGCCACCACCUCUCCCACUCUCCCCGCCGGCCGCCGCCUUCCCCUCGCUGCGCGCAAUAUCCUGCGCAUUUUCUUCCCAAUUUCCUGGGGGUAUCUCUCUGGCGGUUGCUGCCCACGUUCGUCGCCGGUGCCUGGCCCGACGAUGCAUGCAUAGCCUUCGUUGUUGUUCUUGUCCUGCCAAGUAGUCCCCCUGCCCAGGUCUCCAACCGUCAUGCCUCCGAACAAACGCCCCCCCUGCCAAAUCUGCAACGCAACAGAGUCAAAGUACACCUGCGCACAGUGCAGGAUCCUCUACUGCUCGAUUGCGUGUUACAAGACCCAUAGAGCAUCCUCGUGUCAGCCUCAGCCCGCGCCUCCGUCGAAUCAUACGACUCUCGACAGCGGUAACGAACAACACGUUCAAGUCGCGGGCCCGUCCACGAUCGACCUUGGCCAGCAACUGAGUCAGACAGGCAUCCUCGGCGCGGGUCACUCUGGCUUGGAUGACGCGCCGAGAAGCAGGGACGUGCACGUUGAGACACCGUCAGUACCGCUCCGACCACUCACGUCACUAAAAUGGCCCUACGUCCCUGAAGAGUCUGCGUACCCCGACCCGCUCAAACGGGAUGACCCAAAACCGCUACAGCUUCACCAAUAUGAAGGCAUAGCGACCUCACCCUCCAUCCGCCGCACCCUCGCCGCGCACCCCCGCCUCCCCACGCUCCUCCGCCAGAUCGACGCCCUCCGCGGGCCCGCGCGCGAGGCGGCGCUCGAGCGCGCUCUCGGUGUUGCCGACCCGAGUCCGAACGACACAAGAGGAGGCGUAGGGCGGGGCGAGGACGGGGAGGACAAGAAGGCGCUGAGGGAGCUCGCGGAGGCGGUGGAGGCGGCGGUGAGGGGUGGCCGGGAGGGGAUGUUGGGCUUGGAUUGGGGAGAUUGAGUGUUCGAGUGUCGAGUGUGGUGUGGUCCUGAAGUUGGGCAGAGUAGUGGUACUUUGUAGGUGGGAUAAUGGGAUGGGGCGUACGAAUGGAGUGGAUUCGAGUGAUGCUCGCACCGCGGUUGUUUCGAUGAGUGCGGCUUGCGUGGCUGAGCCUCUGCAAGGAGCCGGCGUAUGAUGC